GUUACACCACUCGGCUCACUUGGAGCCUCAUCAGCAAGGGUCGACUGUCCUGUCUGCAAACAGACAACAUCAACAAGAACACAAAAAAAGGUCGGAGACAGAGCAUACAUCUGGGGCGCUGUCUUGUGUGUGCUGACCGGCUGCCUGUGCUGGAUCCCAUGUUGUAUGGAUGAGUGCAAAGAUACAGAGCAUACUUGUAGCAACUGCGGACGUCCUCUAGCCACGGCUGCCGCGAAUGGAGGUGUCAAGAUUGCGCCUAGUGCUGCGACUGUGCCAUCUCAAUAC